CUUCCACUCUCACUUCCAAAGUACCAACUUCAACUUCUUCUUCAAGAACCAACAAUCAUCAACAUGCUUCCCCAGCUUCUCAUCAUUGCCCUGGCCGCCGUUGCCACUGCCCUCCCGCAGGCUGCUACUCCCACCGAGUCUGCUGCUGCUCCCAGCGGUUCUGCCACUGCUCCCACCGGUCCUCCCGCCGGCAUGCCUGAGGUUCCCGAGUGCCUCAUCUCCUGCUUCCUCCCCGCCAUCAAGGCGAGCACGUGCAAGAUGGCCGAUGGCCCUGGCUGUCUGUGCACGGACGAGGCGUUCACUUCCUCGCUGCACGAGUGUGUGCCCACCAGCUGCAAGGACGAGCCCGAGGUCGUCGCGAAAGCGAAGGAAAUGGCGGCGAAGGGAUGUGCCAAGUUCACUGCUACCCCUUCUGCGGGAGCCAAGGCUUCUUACAAGGGAUGGAACAUUUGA